CUCACACACCCAACUCGUUAAUGUUCCAAAAUCUUUGUUCUUAAAAUGGCAAGCACUUCAGUGUUGUUGGUUUCUCUUUCCCUCAUCUUGAUCAAUAUAAUCACCUUACCUCUCCUAUCAACCGCCAUCUCCUCCUGCAACGGCGCUUGCAAAACCCUCAACGAUUGCGCGGGCCAGCUCAUUUGCAUCAACGGCAAGUGCAAUGACGACCCUGAUAUUGGGUCUAACGAAUGCGGGGGAGGGGGAGGCUCAUCAUCGCCACCUCCUACCACGAAUAAUUGUCAACCAUCGGGAACUCUAGUUUGCCAGGGAAAAUCAUACCCUAAAUACACAUGCUCCCCGCCCGUGACAUCAUCCACUAAAGCCAGCCUCACCCUCAACGAUUUCAGCGAAGGCGGGGACGGUGGUGGCCCGUCAUAUUGUGACGAAAAAUACCAUGCAAAUAGUGAGAGGGUUGUGGCACUUUCUACUGGGUGGUUUGAUAAUAAGUCGAGGUGCGGGAAGAUGAUAAGCAUUAAGGCAAGCAAUGGGAAGAGUGUGACGGCCAAAGUGGUGGAUGAAUGCGAUUCACGUGCUGGAUGUGAUGCAGAGCAUGCAGGUCAGCCGCCGUGUAGGAACAAUAUUGUUGAUGGGUCUGCGGCUGUAUGGGAUGCUUUGGGACUGAACCAAGAUUUGGGCGUUGUUCCUGUUACUUGGUCAAUGGCCUAGCUAGCUACAUAUUAACCUAAAUUAAUGAAUAAAUUAAGGACAAUAAGUCUAUACAUAUGAUAAUGAUACGUUUCCACCAAGAAACAACAUUCGGAUUGGAUCAUGAGUUUGUAAUUUAUGGAUUACAUUUUCUAUCCUGGUUGUAUUAACUUUUGGAGCUGUCAUAU